AUGAAUCUGAUCAGAAGUUCAGGAAUUACUCCUAAUGUGGUGCCUUGGCCUACUCGGAUAUCAGGAUGUUCUCAAAACGGGAAAUGCACAAAUGCCCCACAGGUUUUCAACCAAAUGCGAGCUGAAAAUGUAGAACCGCCAUGGCAAAUAGGUGAUGAUUCUCUGCGAUCAGGGGAUGCAAUAACACUCACAACUCUUCUAUCUGGCUGCAAGAAAUCAGGUUUAGUCGAAGAAAGGUGGAGAUAUCUUGACAGCACGCAUGAAGAUCAAUGA